CAUGCCUCUACUGAGUGGAGCUAAGAUGGCGGGCGAGAUUACUUUCCAGAUUGUGAUUAGUAGACCUCUAGAGAGUCAGAUUCUUUCUAUUGUAUGAUUUCUUAUGUUUCAUGCUCUGUGCUAGGUGUUGUCAUGUUGUCAAAGCUGGCAGCUAAGCUAACCAAAAAUAUUAUUACAGCUUUUGUUUGGAAAGUGGUGUGUUUUCGUGGAAUUUUCUUGCCUAGAAAGUGGAUAUACUUAUUUAUUGAAAUAUAUGUUCGUGAGUUGAAUACUUGUGAGUGAAGAUGAAUAAACCACCUGGACCCUCAACGCCUUCUUCGCAGGCUACCAACGUGCAAGAAUUUACCAUAAGGGUGCCGAAAAACGGUACCAAGAGGUACCAUGUGAUGCGCUUCAAUGGAAACCUUCAAGUGGAUUUUGCCAAAUGGGCAAAAGUCAGUAUGGAGAGAGAAAAUAACAUGAGAGAGUUCAAAGGAAUUGAUGAAGAAAUGCCAAAAUUUGGUGCUGGUUCGGAAUUUGGCCGUGAGGCAAAGGAAGAAGCAAGAAGAAAAAAAUUAGGUAUCAUAACAAGAAAAUACAAAGCAGAUGAUCAACCAUGGAUACUGAAAUCAUGUGGUAGCACUGUUAAGAAAUUUAAAGGUGGGGUAGGAUAUUAAAUUGAGAUUGGUUUUGAUUGUUACUCUUUACAGGUAUAAGAGAAGGUGGUGUUUCUAAUAAUACAGCUUAUUAUGUAUUUACACAUGCUGAAGAUGGUGCUAUUGAAGCAUUUCCUCUGCAGGAAUGGUACAAAUUCCAGCCGAUUCAGCGCUACAAAGCUCUAUCUGCUGAAGAAGCUGAGAUGGAGUUCAACAAACGUAAUAAAAACCUAAAUUACUUCAACCUGAUGAUGCGUAAGCGACUGAGGGGCGAAGAAGAAGUAGAAUCUGAAGAUGGAGAAGAAAAAAGCAAGAAAUCGUCUAAGAAAGACAAAGAUCUGAAGAUAUCUGAUAUGGACGAGUGGAUGAACAGUUCAGAUGAUGAUGAUUCUGAAAUUGAGGAGAAAGAAGAAGCUGAGGAAGAAAAGAAAAAACCAAAAAAUGCUAAUGUCAAGAAAGACAAGAAAAAGCGUGAUACAGAUUUGGAGGCAUUUGAAGACUCUGAUGACGGAGAUGGUGAAGGCAGAGAGUUGGACUACAUUAGUGACAGUAGUGACAGUGAACCUGAAAAUGUCAACUUGGAUGGUGUGGCUGAGGAAAAGGCGCUCAGAAAAUUGUUGAACUCCGACGAGGAAGAAUCAGAAUCGGAGAAAUCCGAAAAAGAACAAAGUAACGAAGAUGAAGAAAAUAAAGAAAAAGAUGCUGAGAAAAAAGAAGAUUCUGAAGAGAAAGACAAAAAGAAGAAAAAGAAAAAACAGCCUAAAAAAGAAGCUAAAAAGGAAGAUGAGGACGAUUUUAGUUCAGAUAGUACAACCGACGAGGAAUCUAAGAAAAAGAAAACCGAAAAGAAGACAGCUGUGAAAAAAGAAGAAAGUGAACCUUGCAGUGCAAAUAGUUCAAGGUCUGCUACACCGACAGUUGACAGUAAGAGGAAACUGAUCAAUGAUGCUUUAGCUGGUCCAAGUCCUAAGAAGCAGAAAAUGGAUAUGCCCAACUACAUUACAGGAUCAAGUGAGUCCGGUAUAACAGAAGAUGCAGUAAGAAAAUAUCUGAUGAGAAAACCUAUGACGACAACUGAGUUGUUGCAAAAGUUCAAAUCUAAGAAGACUGGUUUGUCCAGUGAACAGCUAGUCAACAUCAUGACCCAGAUCUUGAAAAAAAUCAACCCUGUCAAGCAAACUUUGAAGGGAAAGAUGUAUUUAUCGAUAAAGUCAUGAAUGUUUGUUAUAAAUUGUAACAUUUAUUUUUGCUAACAGAUCUUAAACGAUGUAAUUAUAUAAGGUGAUUGGUAUAUAUUGUGAAAGUUGUAUAUUUGUGUCAUUAGUUUUAAUAAAAUCGAAAUGGAUUUGCCAG